AUGCCCCUCAUGAUGGAGGACGACGGUAUCAACAUGGAGGACCUCUUCGGUCAGACCGGCUCCUUCGACAUGCCUCCCCCGUCACAUCCCCCAAACAAGGCUCUCUCCCAUCGUGUGGAUGAAAUGCGACUGUCCGGUUGCUGCCAAAAACUCGCCUGGUCCCGGCAAGGCUGCGUCGCAUAUGUCUCCGCUGACGCCACCAAAGUCAACCUGCGCUACCUGCAUUGCCAACCUGUCGACGGCAAGUGGGAUCUCAGCGAUGACAAUCCAUCCACUCUCCCCAUGGAGACCUCUCCCGGUCACGUCGUCGUUCAUCUGUCCUGGAAUGAACUCGGCUCCGACCUGGCCGUCGUCGAGUCGUCUGGUCGUGUGUCCAUCUUCAGCAUCGGAAUCGCUCUGAAUUCCGUCAAUGCCUAUCGUCCUGCUGUCGAUCCAGAUGAUGACAGUGCUCAAGUCGUGGGGAUGAUGUGGUUGAAUUCCCAACGUUCAGUCCAUGCAUUCAAUCAAGCCGCCAAAGUACAAGGCCGUUGGGCUUACUCCCCCUUCCGUCGGCGCCCCAUCGGCCCCUUUAGCCCCGUUCACAAGUCCGCCCUGGUCUGUGUGACUAAAUCCGGCAUCAUCAGACUCAUCUAUCAGAGCCCUGAUAGCCGCUGGGGCGAGAUCUCCGCCGAGCUGAAGAACACCAGUUACUCGGAUCGGCUACUGACCCACGCCGCCCUAUCCUCCACCCAGGGCGGCGUGCUCCUGGUCACCCACUCCGUCUGCCAGAAGAUCGGUUUCUACCGUGUUCACAUCAACUGGACCCCACCCCAAUACGACCCGGCGCAGUUGAAGCAAGCCCCCGUCCAGUUCCCCGCCCCGACCUUUCGCUUCAGUCAUGUCAAGGUCGAGACCCCGGGCGGCGUGCCGGGGCCCCUCCACGGGGACCACGACCGUUCCGACCACCUCUGCCCCAUCCCGAGCGCCCUCUAUUGCCUCACCCGCUUGGACAUCAUCCUCGCCGCGCAGGACAACGCUGCGGGCUCCACCACCAACCCGUGGAUCGUCGCCAUCUACUCCAUCCCCCCGCAUGCCGCCUCGGGACUCCCGCAGCAAUCCCGCCCCUCCACCGUCAUCGUCCGAUGGCAGCUCGACCAGGCCCCUCAUGGCCUGCACCCUAAAUUCGAUGAGGUCGCCUCGAAGAAGGGGCCCGUCCAGAGUAAACCCAAGUCUAUAUUACGACGAUUGGAAGACAUCCAGACAGACCGGUAUCCCAUCUCGGUAGACCCCACGGAGUAUGGAAACGUCGUGACCGUGACCUUUGACGAUGGCUCCGUCGCCUUCUACGACCCGAAGACGAUGAGUCCUUUUAGCGGGGUCGACGAUGCCAACACAGUGACCAGUUUGGCGCAAGCCGGGUUCCACUAUCCUCUCGAGCCGGCUUGCGGUCUCCAUAUUGACUUUUCACCGAGCGGAUGUCUGGCGGCUACGCUCAAUGGGGACGGACAGGUCCAGCUAAGAGGAAUGCAGCACUCGUAUGGGGUUGAAAAUGAGGGGUACGAUGAGAACAAAUUCUCAGCGGCCGUGGCGGCGCUGACAUUGGCGUUCAGCCGUGGAUGUGGCAGCGAGGUCAACACAGAUGAUAUAAUAAUGCUCGCUCGACGGCAGCUUUCCCCUGACGCCCAAGUCGCCCUCGUCAACGAAGUCUACCGCGCCCUACCAAUCAACUGCGACUACACGCAAGAACACGAGAAACAGGAGAAACUAAUGAGCAAUACAUACAUCCCCCGGUGUCUCAGCCUACAAGCGGCAUUAGGGUUCAAAGAUCAGUUCACGUCGCGUAGCUUGGCAUCAGCCAUCCCGUGGGCCAUUCUCCAGAUUCGACACGCAGCCAUCCUCUACCCGUUUCUCUUCCAGUAUAGCAAAGGCGUCCAAGGCGAACCACACGAUCCAGACGUCCUGCGAACCGUCCUCGGAAACACCAGAUGGGCCCUCGACUUCUCGCACUACCUCCUCAACGAACUCUUCGAGCUCGCCGACGAGCUAGAAGGCGUAGCCUCCGACCCAGAAACCCUCUCCCAAAAGCUAAAAUCCACCGCCUCCCUCCCCCUCAUAAUCCUCCUCUCAAGCAUGUCCCGCGCCUACCUCCGCAUCAUCUGCCGCGGUCUCCGCGGCAUCUACACCGGCUACGCGAACGCCGCCUUCACAGGCGACUCCCGCAUCUACUACACGGAGAUCCGGCAAACCCUCGACGCAUCCCCCGUACGCGUCGACGUGUACGAGAAAUUCGUCGCGGGGAUCGACUCCGCCGUGCGCCACGCCUACCACGGCGCCGGGUUCGGCGACGCAGAGCGACCCGGCCCGGAGAAAGAACUUCUCGUCAACGCGCGCAUCCCGCCUGUGCUUGUCACUGCCGUCGGGACGAUCGUCCGGCAGACGCUGGGUGUGAUCAAGCCCGAGGUGGACCGGUUGGCGAUCUAUAUGGCGGAUUAUAGUUGGAGGGAGAGGGAGAGGGAGGUGGAUGUUGUUAGGAAGAUGCCGUUGAGGAUUACUUCUUCUACUGCUGCUGCUUCUACUGCUGCUUCUUCUGGCUCUCAAGGAAAUAAUGGUGGUGGUGUUGGGGCGACUCAGCAGCAGAACCAGCAACAACAACAGCAACAGCAACAACCCCCCCGCCGGCGCAGAUGCGUCCGCUGCUGUGGCCUCUCAGACGGGUCGACUCCGCUGCGGACGGGUCCGAUCGGGUACAGAUUGAUUCAUCGGCUGGGGUAUGUGCGGCAGUGUGUGUGUGGGGGGUUGUGGGCAUUGGAGGCUGAGCCUGUUGUUGGGUAGAUAGGUAGCUGGGUAGUGGGCAGAGGCCUGGGAGUGGCUUAGGGGAGAGAAAGAGGGGAGUGCAGCCCUGGUGGCUUUGGUUGAUUGGGACGAGCUUCG